UUUUCAAUACAUGUAUUCAUUUUUCAUUUCAUAAUCUGCAUUUCAUCAAAGAUAAGCAUCAUUUAUAAAAGCUUUAUUCUACUAAAAAAAAAAAACCCCCCAACAAAAUUCAUUUCAUCGAAUAAUAAUAAAAAAAAAAACGGACAAACUAAUCAAUGAUAAGAUCUAAUCGAACAUCCAUGAUAGCUAAUGCAAGUCAAGCAUCUGAAGAGCAUUAUAAUGUUCCUAUUCUUACAACCAAUAACAUUGUAGACAUUUUAGAAUCACUAGGAAUUAUGGCUAAUGAAGAUGAUUUUAUAAGGCCUAUAGGGUCACGUAUUCGACAGAUGUAUCUACUCAUCAUUGAGAUGGUCAUGCCCUAUAGAUUAAAAGUCAUUGAUGAGAGAAGAGAAAAAAUCACUAGAGAAUUUGAAUCAGUCCCUUUAGCAGAAGAAAUGAUUGAAUCAUUACCCAUUUAUAAAGAGAUCAAAACCUUAUUAACUGAAUUAAAAUACAAAGAUUUUAAAUUAACAGACGUUACAGCACCUACCUCAGACCGUAUACGAAAUAUCUUUAGUACAUUAUUAGAUUUUGUAUUAUUUAGAGACACAAAGAUAUCCGAAUUUGAUGAGAUUGCUAAUAAUGCUACUAGUUUAGCUUCAAAAGCAAAAGAAAUGGUAUUGGAAUAUAAUGAGUUGCAGGCAACGUUUAGUAAAAAAGAAGAGGAUAGAAAAUCAGAACAGGAAGAGAUUAGUCGUUUAGAAAAAUUAAAUAAUGAAAUACAUGGAGUUUUAUUGGAGAAAAAAGUACAAUACAGUAAAGCAGAAGAAGAAGCCAACAAAGCCAAGAAACGGAAAGCAAAAUGGCAAGAAGAUUUUACGAAUAUAUCAUAUGAAAUGACGCAGAAAUAUAGACGUACUCAAGAAUUAAAUUAUUUAUUAUCUAUUGAUAUUGAUACAUUGUUAACUAAUGUUACGGAUCUUCAAGAGCAAUUAAACAUGUAUACAGAUAAUUAUAACGAAUUAAAUAACAAGUUGGAGACUAUUUCUAGUCAUUUUAUGCUUGUCAAAUCAAUGAGCACUAAUGUAGACAAGUGUCUAAAACUAUUAAAUAACUUUAUAAAGACAAGAGGUGAAGCAGUUCGUCAUAAGAAAACAAACGAUGCACUUCAAGUCGAGAUUUCAGCCUUUGAGAAAAUAGACAACGAACGUCGAUUAAAGCUAGAAAGUAUAAAACGUAAUCUUGACUUUCAAAACUCAAGAUUAGAUAAAUUAAAAAAACAACAAGAAAAGAAGAGACAGAGUAUGGAUGUCUAUUUUCAAACCUAUAAUGAAAGAAUGGUAGAAGUAGAAGGGGAAAUAAAAGAGAAAGAAAGUGUAAUACAAGAACAUGAAAGAAACAUUUUAAAGACUCAAGAAGAGAUGAAAAUGUUAUCAUUAAGACAUAAGAAUGAAAUAGAUAAUUUAAUGUUUAAGCUUGAACCUGUUAUUGUUUAUAUCAAAAGAACACAAGAACAAUUACAUAAUUUAAGUCCUUCUUAAACAAAUAAAAUUUUAUUUAUUUUCCCA